AUGCUCACUGGAGCACUGCCAACAAGACUCAUUUCCAGAAAAGCAGGUUUUGCCCUGGAUGCUCUUGAUUUGUCCUGGAAUGAUUUUUCUGGCACUAUUCCUGUAGAAUGGGUAGCUGAUUUUAUGGAAGGAAAUGGCAAGCUUACCGUUCUUCGUCUGCAUCAAAACACAUUGACCGGGAAGAUUCCAUCAGAAUUAUGUUUGCUUCCUGUGAAAGACCUCAUGCUCUCAAGCAACAGUCUGACAGGUUCUAUUCCACGAGAAAUCUUCAACACAAAUACUCUACGAGUGCUCUAUCUGGGUAAAAAUGAUCUCACGGGAACUUUGCCAAGUGAAAUUGGGCUGCUCACCAAUUUGGAAUAUCUGAACUUGAAUCGCACACAGAUUUCUGGUACCUUGCCCUCAGAGAUUGGCCUGUUAAACCAGUGUGAGGAGCUUGUACUCUCUAACACAAACAUGCAAGGGACAAUCCCUGAAGAACUCUACACUGGACUUAAUCCUGGGUAUUUGUACUUGGACGGGUCCAGCUUUACUGGGACUAUCAGUCCAUCACUUGGCCUAUUGACAAAUCUUGAAGAGUUGCAUGUCUCCAACAACCACUUCCAUGGCACUGUUCCCAAUGAGAUUGAGGCAUUGACACUACUGAGGGAACUUCUGGUGAAUGGGAAUGAUCUAUCUGGCACAGUUCCAGUCUCUUUCUGCCAUAAUCGUUAUGCUGGGGAAAGAUCUUCCAAGGUUGUGGCUGACUGUUUGCCCAACCCAGAAACUCGAGUUACUACCAUCCAGUGUGCUUCUGAUUGCUGCACCACUUGCUGUGAUGAGACAGGAGUUUGCCUUGCAACUUGA